AUGACAACACGUAACAACGGCGUCACAUUGUUUGGAGCCAGAUGUAUAGGAUGUAAUUUACCGAUCGCCCCAUCAGAACAAGUCAGACUCUGGUUCCAAAAUCAACGUGCUGGUGAGAAAAAGAUCGAGGCUACCUCGAUAUGGUCAGAUGAUAAUGGAGAUGAAAGGGAAAGCCGAGUACCCGGAUUUAAGCAUGGAAGUUCGCCAGCUCCUAUUGUAAACAGAGAGUUUUCCGGAAAUUUUGUUCCUAAAGUUGAAAGAACCAAACGACCGAACACCAAACACGUUAAAUCGCCAGAUGAAAACCAGUCAUCUCAUUGGUCAAUGAGCGAUGAUAUGUGGUCAGCUGACUUCGUACCACCAAAUAUAGAAUUAACACCGGAGGAUAUCAAAGACGGCGAAGUCUGUUCCAGCAGAAAUAUGCGCAAAAGAGUAGCAAAUAACGUAACAUCCGAUGAAAACAAUAUUAAGAGUGUGACAAAUUCUGGGAAAUCUGACAAUAGUGAUAUAAAUUGUUUAACUAGUAAUUUAAGUUGGUUGAAUUGUCCUAAUUAA